UUGAUUUCGUCCAGUUGGCAGUUCCGUUCCAAUUGUUGUAAAAAACUAACUAAAUCUGCAAAUUUGCCAACUUCCUACGCCUUUAAAUUUACAAAUUGCUGCGAGUGCAACGCAAAACAAGUUAAAAAGAUAUGUGCUAAGGUCAAGGCCAUCGACGAAGGUCACCAAUCGGGCAGCAAGGGCGAACACAAAGGAAUAACUUAUUGCCAGCGAUAACUUGAAGGUCAGCAAAGUGUCUGCCUACGAAAGUAUGGACUUGCAGCAUAUGGAGAAUGGCCUAAAUGGCGGGGGAGGAGGAGGCGGAGGGGGCGGUGGCCUCAGUGAAAUAGAUUUCCAAAGGUUGGCCCAGAUCAUUGCCACCAGCAUACAGAAGGUCCAGCAGAACGUGUCCACAAUGCAGCGCAUGGUCAAUCAACUGAACACGCCCCAGGAUUCCCCGGAACUCAAGAAACAGCUCCACCAAAUAAUGACCUACACCAAUCAGCUGGUGACCGACACAAACAAUCAAAUCAACGAGGUGGACAAGUGCAAGGAGCGCCACCUGAAGAUCCAGCGGGAUCGGCUGGUCGAUGAGUUCACGGCGGCACUGACCGCCUUCCAGGCUGUCCAGCGCAAGACGGCGGACAUUGAGAAGACGGCGUUGCGGCAGGCGCGCGGGGAUAGCUACAACAUCGCCCGUCCUCCAGGUUCCUCGCGCACUGGCAGCUCUAACAGCAGCGCCAGCCAGCAGGAAAAUGGCUCCUUCUUCGAGGACAACUUCUUCAAUCGCAAAUCCAACCAGCAGCAGCAGAUGCAGACCCAGAUGCAGGAGCAGGUUGAUCUGCAGGCGCUCGAGGAGCAGGAGCAGGUCAUUCGGGAGCUGGAAAACAACAUUGUAGGCGUGAACGAGAUCUACAAGAAGCUGGGCGCCCUGGUUUACGAACAGGGACUUACGGUGGACUCGAUCGAGUCGCAAGUGGAGCAGACUAGCAUUUUCGUAUCACAGGGAACGGAGAAUUUGCGCAAGGCGAGCUCUUAUAGGAACAAGGUGCGCAAGAAGAAGCUCAUCCUGGUGGGCAUCCUGAGCGCCGUGCUGUUGGCCAUCAUCUUGAUACUCGUCUUUCAGUUCAAGAACUAGAGCCAUUUUGCGAAUCUGAAUCAUUCAAACCAAACUAGAAAAUUGUUGUGAAAAGACAAGAGUUGCCGCAUGCAGGCCCCCUACCCCCGUAAUUCCCCACCCAAUCCCUUGGACCUUAGGCGCAUUUGUGGCUUCAAUCCUUAAACCAACUUCCAAUAUUGGCUAGAGAUCGAGAAACUCGAUGGCAAAGAUGAGUGUUUCCAGAAGUAUUCACCAGCACGUGCAUAUGUUAUAUUCGCUUUAAAAUUAUCUUAUAUUUUACAUGUACUACUUUUAUUAUUACGCACCCUGUAUAUUGAUUAUUGAUUAACAACUGUUGGCUGCAAACUCUAAUUAUGUUCCGAAACUCAUUCGCCAGCGCUUUGUAUUGUAUUUAGUGUUAAGUGGCAAAGGAAGGCAUAUACGAAGGCAUACACACAUGUACGAAAAAUGAAAUAAUAAACAUGAAAACCAA